CAACCUCUUCAACUCAAAACUACACCAGACUUAAAACGAUGGAAGCUAUCUCUCAAACCUGCACAAAGAUCAUCAUCAACCCAUCUCCUAGAACUCAUAAAACGCUAGCUUCGGCUUCGGCAAUCUCACAAACCAAGCUGAGCCUUGGAGCCAAGAAGGGGAGGUGUUUUGCUGCUGCAGCUAGAUGCGUGGCUUCAGGGUCAGGCUAUGCGGCGGCAAUGGAGCCAAUUACGCCGGAGGAAGAGGAGGAGCUGACUCAAAGAAGAGGGAUAUGUGGCGGAGAAGCAAACAGAGGAGUAUGGGAGCUCUUGGAGUGCCUCGAGAAAGAAGCUAUCAUGGGGGAAGAUGACGGGAGAGAGCCGACAGAUUACAAUAGAAGAGCAAAGAUUUUCGAUAAGAGUUCUAAGAUGUUCAAGAACUUUAAAGAAGAGAGAGAUCAGUCUCCUGUGGAGUAUCUUGAGAAGGAAGCUAUCAUGGGGGCAGAUGAUGGUAGAGACCCUACAGAUUAUAAGAGAAGAGCAAAGAUUUUUGACAAGAGUUCUAAGAUCUUCAAGAACAUCAAAGAACAGAGAGAUCAAACUCUUAAAUAAAUAAAUACAAAAAGUGUAGUUUGUUUGUAAUGAUUUCUCAUUAGUGUUUGAUUCCUUGUACUGUUGUACCUGUACUUUUUUUUAACAAGGAUCCUCUCAUUGUAACACGAUCUUCUUAAUAGUGGACAUUUCUUUUGAAUAUUCAA